CAAGAUCUUGUAUAGCCAGUGUGGGGAUGUGAUGAAGGCCCUGAGCCAGAACCCUAUCAACGGUCAGGUGCUCAAGGUCCUGGGGAACCCCAAGAGUGAUGAGAUGAAUGUGAAGGUGUUGGACUUUGAGCACUUUCUGCCCGUGCUGCAGACUGUGGCCAAGAACAAGGACCAAGGCACCUCUGAGAAUUACACUGAAGGCCUUCGGGUGCUUGAUAAGGAAGGGAAUGGCACAGUCAUGGGUGCUGAAAUCUGGCAUGUCCUUGUCACACUGGGUGAGAAGAUGACAGAGGAAGAAGCUGAGAUGCUGGUGGCAGGGCAUGAGGACAGUAAUGGCUGUAUCAACUAUGAAGAGCUUGUCCGUAUGAUGCUGAAUGGCAGAGGGCCCUCCCGAUAUCCCCAGAGCCCUUUUCCUGUGUGAGACUGUAUCUAGCCUGAAGGUGUCCUAGGCUCUCUGGUCACAGGACCUUUCCCAUCUUGUCUCUUUGGGACGAUGUUUGCCAUCAGCAUUCACCCAAUAGACUUGUUCUCUGUAGCCCU